GAGGGACACAAGGAGAGUUUUUUAAGUAUAUUAGGAACAAAAAGAAUGCUAAGAAUGAUACUGGUCCAUUAUCCCUGCAUCGCCCCUGUCCCUGCUGCCUCCCUCACCAUUGCUGCAGAAGGUCGGGGCUGUGGCAGGAUCCUUCUCAUCCUGCCUCAAUGUCUGGCUUUCCUCAGCUCCCAACCCCCGGGGCCAGUGUCUCUUGUUGUUCUUCUCUAACAGCCCUUCCCCUCUGCCCUUUCGGGAACCCUGUGGCAGGGGUAGGGAGGUGAGUUGAGGAAGGGCAGGAAGGAAGGAUGGGGGUGAAGGGGGGAGGUGGUUGGAUGGGUGAAGGAGAGGGUGGAGUGGAGGUGAGAAGUGGUUGGAUGGGGAAGGAAGGGGAGGGGGAGGAGUGAUGGGGAGAGGUCAUUGGAGAGGGAGGGUCGGGAGGGGAGUGGAGGGGAAAGGUGGUUGGAUGGGGGAAGGAAGGGGAGGAGUAGAGGGAGUGGAGGGGAGAGGUGGUUGGAGGGGGAAGGAGAGGCAGGAGUUUUAAGGCAGCUUACGUUGACCUAACUCUGUAGUGUAGACCAAGCCAGAGGGUGAGAUUCUGCCACUUUUAGUCACUAUGAGAAGUACCUUAAUUUGCAGCUGGUCUCCUUGAAAUGAAUGAGGCUGCUUGUGGGGGAAGGUGUAACCCAGUGUGGAUAAGCAUGGCAGAACCCAGCCCUACUGCACUGGGUGGUUGUUGUAAGCUAGCUUCCUUCCUCAGCCAACGUGAGAAACAACAUUUGCAGUGGAGGAAAGGGGGGGUUUCCUGUUAAAACCAACUUCUGCCCCAGCCUAGUGUUAACCUCAGGAGAACAUGCGUUUGGGCUCUCUUUCUAUUCUGUGUCGCAGGAGGUUUCUGAGUUAUUCAGGGGCACAGUCGGACCAGAAAAUUGGAUUUUCUUAUCAGCAGGCUGCAUUUCAGGCAGAGGAUUUUCAGAUUCAUCAUCCCCCAGUUGUCUCCUACUCUCUCAAUUGCAUGUUUUGUCAUUUGGGUUUAACCAAAAGAUUCUAAUUUUCUCCAAAAGUCUUUUUCUCCAUGCCAAGCAGUCCCCUGCAGCGCUCCUAAGCUCCGGAUGGCCUUGUCAGGAUGGGGAGAAAGGUGUGCCCUUAACUCAAGCUAAAACCGCAUGGAUACAAGGCAGUAGCUGCUGUCAGAGGGAGGCUCUAACCCAGCAGGCUGCUGAGAGGACCCACAGGCCAGUGAUCAGGGGCUCGGCUCACCGUGAAGGCAGGAGAAUGGCGAGGGAGAAUAUCUAUGAGAACACGCCGAUGACGGAAGCUGCUCCCCAGCCCAAAGAAAACGCUCCCGAGACAUCGGUCCCUUGGCGGCACAGGGGGCGGAUCAUCUUCACUGCUGUCCUUCUCCUCCUGAGUCUGGCCCUGGCCACGUCCCUCCUUGCUGUGACGCUUCUAUAUCUCCGGGCACAGAGCAAACUGCAAGCGGUUGAAGAAGCAGUGCAGAAGCUCCAAGUCUCUCUGCAGCCUGACAAUGCCUCGGACGUGUCAGCAAAGGGAUCGGACAGUCUGCAGCUAUUGGAUGAAGCGCAGGCAAGAGUCCGGCUGCUGAAAGCCCAGCUGGGUAAUGUCAGUGCAGCGUAUGGAGAAAUCCAGAUCCGGCUGGACAACGUCAGUGCAGCGCGAGCAGCAGUGCAAGGUCGCUGCAGUGACGUGAUGACAAAGCUCUCCAGGGGCUGGAGGUUUUACGGUGGGAACCUCUAUUACUUUUCAAAAGGAAAGAAGUCGUGGGAUGCAUCCGAACGGUUCUGUGUGUCUCAGCACUCGCACCUGACCUCUGUCUCCUCCCAGGUGGAACAGGAGUUUCUCACCAGCGAGACCCAGGGAGAAGAUCACUGGAUUGGACUCACCGACCGGGAGACAGAAGGCAGCUGGCGCUGGGUGGAUGGCACAGAAUACAGAGCAGACGCAAGCAGGGGGUUCUGGGCGCACAAUCAGCCAGACAACUGGGAUCAGGGGACAGGAGGCAGAGAAGAGUGUAUUGAGUCCCACUCAAGCAACCAGAAUUUGUGGAAUGAUGCCAACUGCACUCUGCUUUUCAAGUGGAUUUCAGCUGAGCGAUGGUUCUUCAGAGGACUUGGCGGUUCUGGACACCGACAGCUCCGAAGGGCUGAGUGGAUUGGGCCCAAUCUGUUUUGACCCAGACCCAAAGCCAGAUGCUCAACACAAUGCCGAAGCAGGGAGGGAUGCUUAUUCUAUAGGCCUGUACUAUCUAAAGUUGAGGGAGAAAUUUGGUAUUAAGCCUGUGCAAGUUCAUAACCGUAAAACUGUGAUGUGUGCAAUGGUGCGAGCAGCUGUGCACAGAAUCAUCAAGCACUGCCUGAGAGAGAAACACAAUGAGGAUUGUCCUGGGUGCGCUAUAGAUUCCCCCGGUCAGAGGCAUCACGGCUGUAAACUGUAAAAUAAAAGAAAUUAGCAGUAGUUUGUCUCUGGAGAGUGUGUUAAAUAUCAUCAAAACAUUGGGAUACGCACUGCAGUGCCUCUGUUUAACCCAGGAACAUUUAGCUCUAGGGGAAGAAUUGGUGGAGAAAGUGACAGAGGCCAAGGACCCAAAUAGCAUUUUAGAUGAAAUCAUCAAACCGACAGAUAAAGGCGGAAAAGUCAAGGGGUGGGGUGUUCUUCAGAUAGGCUUUGUGCAGUCACAAAGCGAUGGCUUUUGUCUUUUACUAUCAGUAAUUGGAAUAAAAUACUUGUUAUAACUGAUUAUGACGAUAUCUGAUUAUGUUAGUUAUUGGCUUCUGUAUGUAUAAAAAGGAAAAGGUAAGAGGACACCACGGGUACCAUUUGAUAUUAAUGCCUUGGGAUUGUUAGUUUAAGUAUCUGUUCUAUAUGUAGUUUGUAGUAGUUAUGCUUAUCACUAUAACUCCUCCAAGGAGGGGAUUGUUGGGUUAUGUCCAUUUUGUAUGUUUGGUAUAAUUUCAGGAUCCCAUAUUGAUUUUCAACAUGGAGUUUGUGCCCAUGUGAUCCAGCUGAUUGCAGUUUUUGCGCCUUUUAUUUCUCCUCAGAAG